CGCCUCGAGCUCACUUGUCUGUACAUACCAUGCCGCUGCCGCUCCCCACGCCCGCGCUCGAGCGCCUGGACGCGCUUGCCGAGACCUACGGCACGCCGCUGCAGAUCUACGACGAGCAGCUGAUCCGCGAGAACGCGCGCCGCCUGCUGGCCGCCUUCCGCGCGCACUUCCCCGACUUCCAGCAGUUCUACGCCGUCAAGGCGCUGCCCAACCCGGCCAUCCUCAAGGUGCUCAAGCAGGAGGGCUGCGGCAUGGAUUGCAGCUCGUCGGCCGAGCUGCACAUCGUCAAGGAGCUGGGCGUGCCCGGCGACCAGGUCAUCUUCACGUCCAACUUCACGGCGCAGAAGGACCUGGCCACGGCCUUUGACCAGGGCGUCAUCAUGAACCUGGACGACGUGUCGCUCGUGGACAGCCUCGUGGCCGCGCGCGGCAAGUGCCCCGAGCUCAUGAGCUUCCGCCUCAACCCGGGCCUCGGCCGCACCGACUCGGAGACCGCGUCCAACGUGCUGGGCGGCCCGGACGCCAAGUUCGGCGUGCCCCCGUUCCAGAUCGUCGAGGCCUACCGCAAGGCGCAGCAGGCGGGCGCCACGCGCUUCGGCAUCCACAUGAUGACGGGCUCGUGCGUCAUGAACCAGGAGUACUGGCGCGAGACGGUCACGGUGCUGUUCAACACCAUCGUGCAGCUCAAGAAGGAGCUCGGCAUCGAGUUCGAGUUCAUGAACAUCGGCGGCGGACUGGGCAUCCCGUACCGCAAGGACCAGGAGACGGUCAACGUCGAGGCCAUCGCCACGAUGCUGCGCGAGGUCUUCGACGAGGCCAUGAAGGAGCACGGACUCGAGACGCUGCCGCGCCUCUGCAUGGAGAACGGCCGCUUCAUGACGGGCCCCUUCGGCUGGCUGGUCACGCGCUGCGAGGCCAUUAAGGAGACGUACGGCCGCUACUACGGCGUGGACGCCUGCAUGGCGCACCUCAUGCGCCCCGGCAUGUACGGCGCGUACCACGAGAUCUCCAUCCCCAAGCGCGAGGGCGGCGAAGUCUCCCCCUCGCACGUCGUCGGCACACUCUGCGAGAACAACGACUGGUUCGCCAAAGACCGCCCGCUGCCCAAGGCGCAGGUGGGCGACCUCUUCGUGAUCCACGACACGGGCGCGCACUCGCACUCGAUGGGCUUCCAGUACAACGGCAAGCUGCGCGCGCCCGAGGUGCUCAUCCGCUCGGACGGCAGCGACUCCCUCAUUCGCGAGCGCGAGACGUACGAGGCCCUGUACGGCAACUGUGUCAUGCCUGCGGACCUGUAAAUACAGACCCAGCCAUGACGGUGAUAGACAACAAGGACGGCGCUGAAGCGUUUGGGCGCCGAAAAAGAUAAGCGGUCACUUUUGAACACGCGCAUCAAUGCAUCUCUAAUGACUUACU